AUGUUGCUGUUCAAAUGCAUUGAAAAUAAACAAGUUUGCAAAAUUUAUUAUCAUAAUUUUGAGGAAUUUUUGAAAUUAUUUUAAGUGAAUUAAGAAUAAUUUAUGUGUUUGUGAUUUAUUUGCAAUUACGUAGAAAUAUAUCCAAAGUAUUUGAAUUUAUUUACAUUUGGGUUACUAUUUACUUUUUUAUGAAAUCAAUUUCCUAUUAAGUUUUAAUUUUUCAUCUCUGCUUUAAUACCUAAUUUGUUCCUUUUUUAUGUAACUGAAGGUAAAAUUUAGUGAGUUAAAAAUGUUAGAAUUGUUUAAAGAACAGGAGCGUCAGCUGAGAUUAAAAGAAGAAUCUGUCCAAAGGAAACGUGAUGCUGCUAUGCAAGAAUGUUACGAAGAUUAUAAAAAAAAAGAAAAAUUUAACGAACAUAUACUUCAAGGAGAAAAAAUAAGGAAUGAGCUGAAAGGCAGCGCUCAAAUGCUGCAGAAUAGAAAGUGCAUGCAGAAUGUGAAAUUAUCUGAAGAAUCUCUAGGAAAGCAUCUGGGUGAGAUAAAACUGAAUAAUCAGCGAGAAGAAAAACUUCGUCAAUUAUUAUGGGAGACAUCUCCUGAAUUAAAAGAACUUAGACAGAAAAUUUUACUUGCUAAUGUUGCCAAAGAUCAUGCUAUGCAAAUGGCAGAAAAACAAGCAUUAUUAGAAUUAAAAAGACAAGAAGAAGAAUCCCUAGCUGAAGCUGCUCGUCUUGAAAAAGUAGCUAUGGAAGAAGAGGAGAGAAAAAAAGAAAUGGAAGAAUUUCAAGCCAAAUUGCAAUACCAUAGAGAUUUGGAUGAAUUACGUCACUUCAAGCUAAAAAAAGAUUCUGCUCAUGAAGAGCAGCUUGAAAGAGAAAGAAAGGCAAUUGAUGAUAUAAAAAGACAAAUUGAAAAAGAAGAUUUAGAGCAUGCUAAAAAGAAGAUUGAAGCUCAGAAAGAACUGCAAAGGCAAGCCCAAGAGCUUCAAAUAGAGCGCGAUAAAAUAAGGCUCCAAGAAAAAUUAAAGGAACGAGCUGUAGAUUUGAAAGUAGAUGAAUAUCGCAAAGCUCAAGAAUUGAGGGUAAAACAGUUGGAGGAGAAGAAACAACUCAGUCUCGAACAAAAGUUGCAACUUCAAGAAGAGCUGCUUUCAUAUUUGGAAAAAAUUUACUCGGAGAAAUUAAAGAAGGAACAUCUUAGAACCGAUCUGGCAGUAGAGGAAAAAGAUGCGAAGGAAAAAGCUAAAGAACUUGAAGCAGAGAGUAAAAGAAUGAAAUUACGUAAAGAACUCCAACGUUUAUAUGAUAUGCAACUAUAUGUCAAAAAACAAAAGCAAGAACUCCAGAAGAAAGAAGAGGAACUCUAUCGGCAAAGUCUUAUGGCUAGAUUAUUUGAAGAAGAUAAAUUAGAAUUAAUGUCUCAGCAAAAGCAGAGGCAGAAGAAACUGGAGCACAUGCGCAUAGCACAGGCAAUGAUUGAAGAGAGCCGUAAAAAGAAAGCAGCUGAGCGAGCAAGAGAAUUGGCUGAUCUAAAAUAUCACGAAGAUGUGGAAUCCGAACGUAUUCGAAUGGUGAAAGAAGAAAAAAUCAGAUUCCUCAAAGAAUGUGCCAGCGAUCUUUUAGGAUAUUUACCAAAAGGGAUUUUUGAAAAUGAUGAAACAAUUGAGCAGCUGGGGGAUGAAUUUAAGAAGUUCUAUUUCCGGCAAAGUUGCAGUAAAUAGACUGAUUGAUCAUAUAUUGUAUAGUAAUACCUGAUAUCCUCUAGUCAUUUUGUGAUUUUAAAUUUUAUUACUUAUUUAUUUUUAAAUUAAUGGCAAUGUUUUAAUGCGAUUUUAUAUGAAAUAUUUUUUAGCACAAUUUGAUUAAAUCGAUAUAUUUUGUUUUCAAGUUUCAUAAUUUAAAAAAAUUUUAAAUCUCAAACAAGUUAUUAAUGAAAUAUUAGAAAUUUGUAAGAUAUUUUUUAAAGCUCUUAGAUUUUAGAAAACUUUUUAAUGAAAAAAAAAAUGAAAGCAAUCAUAAUUGUUAAUAGUAUUAAUUUAUGUUUUAUCUUAUUGGCGUGUUGGUUUUAGAAAAAUUGUAUCUUUUUCUACGAAUUGUUUUGAUAAAUGAUGUAAGCCAAUGCAAAAUAGCAGCAAAACGAGCGAUUUAUUUCAAGCGUCUGUGACUUUAAUCUCUUGCUCAAUAACGUAUAUAAUCAAAUCGUAACACAUCCAGCUUAACGCACAGUACUCUAUAUAUUCCGUCCGGGUACAGUCUGUACUAGUACAGUAUGCUUGAAAUCAGAUAUAUUGUAGGUUAUAGCCCAAAAAAAGAUGAAAUGCAUAGAAUUGAGCCUUGUACCCACACAUUAAUUAUUGCAUACAGCUAGGCUUUCAAAAAUGAAAUGCAGAUUUAAAAAAUAUGUAGAAAAAAAUAAACAGAUUAUGCGAUAUUGCAUAGUUUUUAAGGAUGUCUAUUAAAAUUGACAAAACAUCGAUUACUCAGUUUUCAUUUAAAAAAAAAAAAAUCUAUUCUCCAAUGGCCGCUCUUUAGUUGUAAUGCAAAAAAAUCUAGAUGCCUAUUCUAAAAUAUGAAUUG